GCCAUGCUGUCGCCCGAACGACCUCACGCUCCCAGAGCCACCACAUCUCCGGGAAUGAUGAACGGCCACUUUGCGCAAGUCGACAGCGAUCUGUCCAAAGGCGACUUCCAGCAUGGCGUCCAGAUCAUCAACUCCGACAAGGAGUUCAACGCCAAUCUGGGCCAGUAUCUGCAGCUCGAGAGCAUCACGAAAGCCGGCUUCAACUACCAUGUCAUCUCCGUCUUUGGCAGUCAGAGUACGGGAAAGAGCACGCUACUCAAUGCCCUGUUCGGCACUCAGUUUGGCGUCAUGAAUGAGCAGCAAAGGCAGCAGACCACAAAGGGUAUUUGGAUGUCCAAGAAUAAGAAGGAGCUGGCCGCGGGUGAUGGAAAGGCCAUGGCCGCCAACAUUCUGGUCAUGGAUGUCGAGGGCACAGAUGGCAGAGAAAGAGGCGAGGAUCAGGACUUUGAGCGCAAGAGUGCCUUGUUCGCGCUGGCAACGAGCGAGGUCCUCAUCGUGAACAUUUGGGAACAUCAGGUGGGACUAUACCAGGGAGCCAACAUGGGCCUCCUAAAGACUGUGUUCGAGGUCAACCUACAGCUUUUCCUCAAGGAGAGAACCGUCUCUCGGACGUUGCUCUUCUUUGUGAUCCGAGAUCAUUUGGGCACUACACCACUGGAGAAUCUCAAGCAGACACUCAUCCAGGACUUGUCGAGGAUAUGGUCCACGCUAUCGAAGCCGCCUGGUCUGGAGAAGAGCCAGAUUGGAGACUAUUUUGACUUCGCUUUCGUUGCCCUACCGCACAAGAUCCUCAUGCCAGAGAAGUUUGAGCAGGAAGUUGCGCGCCUGGGCACGAGAUUUCGGGAAGGCUUCAAAGAUCUCAAGCGAGCUGGCCUGGUUGAAAACGAGCCUAUACUACUUCCAGAGUAUCACCGACGCAUUCCUGCAGAUGGCUUUCCUAUGUAUGCCUCGGGUGUGUGGGAGCAGAUUGACAGCAACAAGGACCUGGAUCUUCCUACGCAGCAAGAACUUCUGGCUCAGUUCCGAUGCGAUGAGAUCUCGAAGGAGGUCCUUGUCCCUUUCGACGAGGUGAUUACGCCACUAGAAGAACUCCAAAACAGUGCAGUAGCAGCAGGAAAGCCGUCAGUGAUUGCAGAGCUGGGCGCCAAGCUGAUAUCUGCGAGAAAGCUUGUGCUUGGCAACUUUGUUGAGGAAGCGAGCAGAUACCACAAGGGUGUCUUCAAGAGGAAACAAGCCGAGCUGGAGACGAAGGUGGAUGGCAGGCUGAAAGCGCUGUUUGUGGGCCAACUCAGCGCCGCGCACAAGGCAGGCGUGCACGACUUUUCGGAGGCUGUAUCUACUGCCGUCAAGACUGGUCAGAAGAAGGGCUCCAACUACGAUUUCCACCAGAUUGUCACAUCCGAAAAGCAAAAGGCAUUGGACCGAUUCGAGGGGCAUGCCAGAGCGUCACUCGUCGAAGGCACACCAUGGAGUGACUACAAGCAACAACUGAACCUUUAUCGUAAAGACUUGGACGAAGUGAGCGCGCGCUUGAGAAAAGACGAGAUGAGACGGUUAGCAACGAGGAGCGAGAGAUGGGUACGAAGCAGGCUCAGUGAGAGCGUUGGUGUGGAGUUCAACAAGCUGGGUUCUGGUCGUGCAGGAUCUGGUGCGCCUGCAGAAGGAGAGAAGCCUCUCGAGAAGGAACUGUGGGAUCGCAUCUGGAACGUCUUCACCGAUACUGUAUCUCAUGCAGAGACACGAUUCACGGAACGGGCACGCAGCUUCGAUGCUAGUCCUGACGAGGUGGAGGUUGGCCUGUGGCGCCUUCGCCGGAAAUCGUGGGGCGCACUUCGAGACAAAAUCGACGAAGAGCUCAUGGAAGGCAAUCUUCUCUUGAAGCUUCGUGAAAACUUCGAGGACAAGUUCCGCUAUGAUGAGGAUGGUGUUCCAAGGAUUUGGCGACCCACCGACGAUAUCGAAAGCAUGUACACGAAAGCUCGCGAAAGCACGUUGACGCUGAUACCGCUCCUUGCAAGGUUCAAGCUAUCUCGUACAUCAGCGCCACCGCCGCUGGACGCCUGGAUCGGCGAGCCACCAAGCAAUGUCACGACAACCGACGAGGAAGACUUGAAUCCCAUCGGCGGUGUCGACGAAGAUGAGGGCAAGACGUUGGAAGAAGAGAUGACAGUCAUUAGCGAUGCGAAGCAACAAGAUUUGUCGACCCGUUUCAAAAAGACGGCAGAUGGCGUCUAUGUUGAAGCCAAGCGUAGCGCGAUUGGUGGUAUUACCCAAGUGCCGCUUUACUUCUAUGGCCUCCUUCUAGCGCUUGGAUGGAACGAGAUUGUAGCAGUGCUACGAAACCCCGUCUACUUCAUUUUCCUCAUCCUCGUCGGCGUUGGCGCCUAUGUGACCUAUACCCUCAACCUGUGGGGCCCCAUGCUUCGCAUGACCAAUGCUGCGAGUGCGCAGGGGCUGGACAUCUUCAAAGAGAAACUGCGAGAUUUCUUGGAAAAUUCCGAGACUGGUCGACAAGCAAUCGGUAUGAGUGCCAAGGCGGGUGCACCCAUUCAUUUGGACACUUUGAAUAGUAAUGGCAGCACACGGACUGGAGGAGGAGCGGCGUCGAUGGAGGAUGAAGUGGACGAGAUAUAGCAUCAUUGAGUCCUUUGAGUUCAGAGUUGUUGUACAUCAUCCCAUGUGGUAUAUUGUUUUUUUUUUUCUACUCUUUGGGGGUCCUCUUGGUGGGGUGAAAGGGGGCAUAGCGGACAAGGAACGAAAACAGUACGUCGAAUAUUACUACUACAGCAGUCCA